AUGGCCGGGGGCGGCGCUCCCAAGGAAGAGCAGCCGGAGGAGGCGGCCGGCGCGGGCGCGCCCGGGCGCAGCUGGCGCAGCAGCCGCGCCGCCGCCCGGCAGCGCCCCGCCGAGAGCCCGCGCGCCGCCCGAGCCAGGCCCGCCUCCCUGCAGCUCGUGUGCAAGUCCGAGCCGGACACGGAGCAGCUGGAGUACGAGGUCACGGAGCAGCACCAGUCUCCCGCUGGAGUCAGCGAUGACGACGACGACGAGAUGCUCGUCAGCGAGGAAGAAGUUCCCUUCAAAGACGACCCCCGAGAUGAGACCUACAAGCCCCACUUAGAAAAGGAAGCUCCCAAGCAGAGGCGGAAAGGUGCCAAGGGCAAGGAGGAGAAGGAGAAGCAGAAGGAGAUUAAGGUGGAGGUGAAGGAGGAGAGCGAGUUCCAGGAAGACGAGGAGCCGCCCCGGAAGCGAGGCAGGAGGAGAAAGGACGACAAGAGCCCCCGGCUGCCCAAGAGGAGGAAGAAGCCUCCCAUUCAGUACGUCCGCUGCGAGAUGGAGGGCUGCGGCACCGUGCUGGCCCACCCGCGAUACCUGCAGCAUCACAUCAAGUACCAGCACUUGCUGAAGAAGAAAUACGUCGCCGGCGCCGAGGCGCUCGCCGUGGGCACCGACCUCCUGGGCGCCACCACCGAGGUGCUCGUCGAGGAUUCGGACUCCACCGGACCCUAG